AUGGACCGAGAGAAGGAGAGAGAGAUAGAGCUAGAGAGUGCAAUGUACACUAAUUGUUUGUUGUUGGGACUGGAUCCGUCGAUCAUCGGCGUCGGAGCCAAUAACGGUACCCCUCGGGUUGGACUCUUCCGUCACUCUAACCCGAAAUUGGGCGAACAGCUUCUAUACUUCAUCUUAUCCUCUCUCAGAGGUCCAAUUCAAUCCGCAAAGGACUUCGAUAGAGUCUGGCCAAUUUUUGAUUCGGCACAGUCGCGUGACUUUAGAAAGGUUGUACAAGGGAUAAUAAGUGAGCUGGAAUCGCAAGGGGCACUUCCAAGAAGCAAUUCAAGGGUUUCGUCUCUUGCUACAUGUUGUGGACCCAGAUUCGUUGAACUUUUGUGGCAACUUUCUUUGCAUGCUUUGCGAGAGGUUCAUAGACGAACGUUUGCAGCUGAUGUAGCUUGUAACCCACUGCCUGCUUCGCUAACAGAUGUAGCUUUCUCGCAUGCGGCUACACUGCUUCCUGUCACAAAGGUUGAGUUUGAACCUGAUGAGAGUUAUUGGGAACUGAGAAGAAGCAAUAGAGCUUUAGAUUCAGACUACGAUAUACUCUGGUGUUUCUCUAAAUUGGGAUGA